AGUGAUCGGCCUCGAGGCCUUUACGCGGAUUAGUACCUGUCUUCCACAAUAUUGCUUAGAAGGCCGAAAUUUUUCAGUCGUUAAAAGAAUGGCUGGCUUUCCUGCUGCGUUUGAGCGGACGCACGACUCGUGUUUCCCCCGGAUUCCUGAUCGUCGAGGUCUGCCACGCCUUGAAUUGCACGGUACACGCCACGCCGUCACAAGUUAGAUUUACGAGAAUCAAACGCCCCUCCACCUCGUGUACGCAUACUUUCCGUACUAUAUCAUGAGGCCCGCACGUCCACUUCCCCUGAAUUGCCAACAUCAGUCCACCCGCCAGCAUAACCAGCCUCCUCAGCAUCACUAUACUCGGGAACGCCAAACGUCCCGUCGCAAGCGACUCCCUACACUCUCUAUCUCAAGAAUAUUCACGGGGAAAGCGAUGCCAUCAAAAUUUAACAUCUUUAGAACUUGUAUUUACGGCGUAGUCUUUAUUUGGACACUGAUCUGCCUGGGUAUUGCAGCUCACUUCCAGAGUCUACUGGUCAUCACAGAUCUCACUCGUUUCGUUCCUUUCACCAUUUUCGUAUGUAGUGUCAGCAUGCUCAUUCUCAUCAUCUUGCUUGGAUGUAGCAUGGUUCGAACCAGCAAUCCGAUCUCCACGAGAAUCGAACUCGGAUGCCUCGGACUGCUUGGGACUUUCUGGCUUGCUUUGGGUGCCUUCCUAGCAAGCUCUGACUCGGAGAACGCCAACGUAGAAUGCUAUUCAUCCGAUGCAGAGACCUCUCCCAUCGAUGUUCCUGGGUUCUCUACAGAGACAUAUCAGGCUCAGUACCGGGUUCUGGAGGCAUUCUCACUUUUCAAUCUUAUUCUCAUAUUGGUGUUUUUGUUGUUCUUGCUGGCGCUCGCGGUAAAGCAUCAUUUCCGCGUCAACCGCAAUGUGUGGUACAUUGCGGUCACUGAAUACCCGUGGUUCGGAAAGACUAUGUCCAAGUUACCAGCGCCCGUUAGCAGUCGGUCACGAUCAAGAGGCAAGACUUACGAUGAGAAAGCCUCAGCACCCUGGGAGAAUGAGACAAGACGCGGGGACUCACGUUACCCCGGAUGGUCAGCUCAAGUCCCGGCACCGGCACGCGCGUCGGACAAGUAUAAGAGGGAUGCGUCACCCAGGCGGUGACCGCUGUAUACGUUUCACAAUUGGGUUCUAUUGGCAUAGACUGUCAUGAUCUGCAUUUACUUGGGAAAACUAAUAAAUACAGUUUGUACUAUAGCACGGGACUGUCAAUAUCAUGAUAUUCUCUUGAAUGAUUU